AUGUUGGUAGCUCGUGGGGUGCUUCCCUUGCUCAAGCAGCCCCGUGAUUCUUUCCUCUCUAUAUCUCCAGAGCUGUGCUCUCUCUGGACCGCUCUCUGCCUGCCCGCCACAUCCACGAAUGACCACCACUGUCCAUGUUCUGUGGUAAAUGUUGAGCUAAGGCAUCCUGUAUCCCGCACCUGUGCUGUGCCGUUCCUCCCUUGUGCAU